AUCACGUGACAUCCAACCCUGGGACGCCAUUUUGGAGGAAAGUUUGGAAUUUCUGACAAAUAAGAAGAAAAAAAGGAGGAGAUAACGAAAUAAGUUUGACGUUUAGCAAAACAAUCCUCAUUCUAUCGAAGGCCAAGAAGAAUGUAGCAAACUGCAGACGUGAGGAUUUGAAUCGCUUGUGUUCACACUGAGCCCUUGCAAGCGCACGGCAGGGAGCGGGAGGUGUAUAUUUGCAAUUUGGGGAGUUUUUGGAAGCCCUGCAACUGGCGGCGACAUAUGUUCAGUUUUUCCCCUGCAGACGCGGAGCAGAUUGGCGGUGGAGUCGUAGCGUCUAUGUGUCUUUUGAAUGGAAGCGCAUGGCUGUCAGUGGAGUAAAGCUCAAUUCUGUGGUGUCGCGCGACUGUCAGGUCGAAGAAGUGCAGCUCUCGCUCUGCGCUAAAUCCAAGCGGCUCAUUUUCAUACCAGCCUGAACCGUCCCCAUGUUUACCGGAAAAACAUUUGAGUUUCAUGCCAGCUGCGUCUGACUGACUCCUCAAAGACACCCUGGACGGACUCGUGUUGGGAGAGGAGCGUUUUAUUAUCGCGUGUAUUGUCAAAUUCCAUCGCGAGCUCUGCUGGAUUUGUUAUCGUGCAAGAGCCCAAGCGAAACAUGCCAGUAAGGAAAAAAGAUGCACAGAGGGCUCUGUUACUGCUGGAGGAAUACCGGUCAAAACUCAGUAACACUGAAGAGAGACAGCUGAGAAACUCCAUUCAGAGAGUCAUUGACAUCUUCCAGAGUAACCUCUUCCAGGCGCUUAUAGAUAUCCAGGAAUUUUACGAAGUGACCUUAUUGGAUAAUCAGAGUGGGGAAUCAGUGAAAGUGCCCGAUGCAAUACCCCCAGUAAACCUGUGGGAUUUCUCCAGCAUUCAGAGCACAACGGUGACUUCAGACACCCUGCCCAGCCUUAGCACCAGCAUAGAGAAGUACAGACACCAUGAUGAAAACACAGGAUCUCCACUGGAGCAAAGCUCACCACAGUUCACUGAUGAGGCUCCUGGGCCAGAGCUGGUCCAAGUGGCUGAGAAGAACCUCUCCCAGAUUGAGAACAUCCACGGCUAUGUGGCACAUGCACAUAUCUCCCCAAUGAAGGUUGAGUCGCUGGAAUGCAUCUUCGAUGGGCCAUCCACUGUAGUGAAUGAGGAGAGUCCUCCGCCUCCUACUACUCCCCUCUCCAACCCGUACCCUCAAAGUCCUGUGACCGUCCAGCAGACAGAUGCUGUCCCACCCUCCACUCUCAUAAUCCCUGUGAUCCCAAUCUCCACUGUCCCUGCGGAGCCCGCUGUCAUCUCUUCAUCAACGUCACAGGCAAAUCCUUCCCCUGUCGUGGUAAAUACAGAGAGCUUGGAUUCAGCUCCAUAUGUUAACGGUACUGAGGCUGACUUUGAGUAUGAGGAGAUUACACUGGAAAGGGGGAAUUCAGGCCUGGGCUUCAGUAUCGCCGGUGGCACAGAUAACCCUCACAUUGGUGAAGACCCCAGCAUUUUCAUCACUAAAGUCAUUCCAGGGGGUGCCGCCGCUCAGGACGGGAGAUUGCGGGUGAAUGACGUGAUUCUGAGAGUGAACGAGGUUGAUGUUCGGGACGUGACCCACAGUAAGGCUGUGGAGGCAUUGAAGGAGGCGGGGUCACUGGUCAGACUGUAUGUCAGGAGGAGAAAAUCUGCAGCAGAGAAAGUCUUGGAGAUCAAGCUCAUCAAAGGACCCAAAGGUCUUGGUUUCAGUAUAGCAGGGGGUGUUGGGAAUCAGCACAUCCCAGGGGACAAUAGCAUCUACGUCACUAAGAUUAUUGAAGGUGGAGCUGCACAUAAAGAUGGGAGGCUGCAGAUAGGAGACAAACUUCUUGCUGUGAAUAGCUCCUGCCUGGAGGAAGUUACCCAUGAGCAUGCCGUGACUGCCUUGAAAAAUACCCCAGACGUGGUCUACUUGAAAGUAGCUAAACCCAAUAGUGUCUUCAUGAAUGACAGUUUUGCCCCUCCCGACAUCACCAACUCCUAUUCGCAACACAUGGAAAACCAUAUCAGCCCUUCAAGCUAUCUGAGCCAGCCGCUGCCUCCAGUGCAUUCUGGACUCUACUCCCCGACCCCUAAAACCACGGUGGGGGAUGAUGAUGUAACCAGGGAACCCAGGAAGGUGGUGCUGCAUCGAGGCUCUACAGGGCUUGGCUUCAACAUAGUGGGUGGAGAGGACGGAGAGGGCAUAUUUAUUUCCUUCAUCCUAGCCGGAGGUCCUGCAGACCUCUGUGGAGCAUUGAAGAAAGGAGACCGUUUGGUGUCUGUGAAUGGAAUAGACCUACGCAGUGCCACUCAUGAACAGGCUGCGGCAGCCCUGAAGAACGCCGGACAAGCAGUCACCAUCGUUGCCCAGUACAGACCAGAGGAGUACAGCCGAUUUGAAGCCAAGAUCCAUGACCUAAGAGAGCAGAUGAUGAAUAACAGCAUCAGCUCAGGCUCAGGGUCCCUGAGGACCAGUCAGAAGAGAUCACUAUACGUCAGGGCACUGUUUGAUUAUGAUAAAACUAAGGAUUCUGGGCUGCCCAGCCAGGGCCUGAACUUCAAAUUCGGGGACAUACUGCACGUGGUGAAUGCUUCAGAUGAUGAGUGGUGGCAGGCACGGCAAGUCACUCCUCAAGGAGAGGUGGAGGAAAUGGGCGUAAUUCCCAGCAAGAGAAGAGUGGAGAAGAAGGAGAGAGCAAGGUUAAAGACAGUUAAGUUCAACUCCAAAUCGCGAGAAAAAGGGGACAACCCAGAUGACAUGCUAUCCAAAGGCCAGAAGCAUGUCACCUCUAAUGCCAGUGAUAGUGAGAGUAGUUACCGUGGUCAAGAGGAAUAUGUGUUGUCUUAUGAGCCAGUCUGUCAGCAGGAAGUGAACUACUCACGACCAGUGAUUAUCUUGGGUCCGAUGAAAGACAGAGUAAACGAUGACCUGAUCUCGGAGUUCCCUGACAAAUUUGGUUCCUGUGUUCCUCAUACAACAAGGCCGAAGCGAGAUUAUGAGGUGGAUGGGAGAGACUACCACUUUGUUGUGUCCAGAGAGCAGAUGGAGAGAGAUAUACAGGAGCACAAGUUCAUCGAGGCAGGCCAGUACAACAGUCACCUGUAUGGAACCAGUGUGCAGUCUGUCAGAGAGGUGGCGGAAAAGGGCAAACAUUGCAUUCUAGAUGUAUCAGGCAACGCCAUAAAAAGACUGCAAGUGGCUGUGCUUUACCCCAUCGCUAUUUUCAUCAAACCAAAAUCAAUGGAGAACAUCAUGGAGAUGAAUAAAAGACUGACAGAGGAACAAGGCAGGAAGACAUACGACAGAGCCAUGAAGCUGGAACAGGAGUUCAUGGAGCACUUCACAGCUGUUGUUCAAGGAGACACUUUGGAAGAGAUCUACGAUCAAGUCAAGCAGAUAAUUGAGGAACAGUCUGGGCCAUACAUAUGGGUACAGUCCAAGGAGAAACUAUGAACGCCUUCAGGAGUUUACCAUCCCCCUUUCUCUGCCUGGUUUAUUUAUUGAUUCUGUUUUUUUUUUUUGUUUGUUUUUUGGUAAUCUCAGUUGGGCUUCUGCAGAUGACAGAAUUCACUCAACAGAUUAAUUCCUUAAUCCAGCAUACUUCAAUCUCUGUUCAGUCCAAUAUCUUCACCUCCUACUUCUAGUUCCUCAGUAGCUAUUUCAAGAGAAGAUGAUCUGUCCUCAUCAGAUCUUUACUGCUUCCAUGCUUACAGAAAGCAAAGCUAUGCCAGACCAGCAUCUGUUUACCAGGGGUUUGGAAACGGUACAGUUCCUUAAUGUUUAAGGGAGGUUACUUUGUAAGGACAAAGACAGCGAUCUGGAUUUUCUGACACGUCUCUUUCAUUUUACCCAUUUUAUUCCGUGUUCUUUUCAUGUAAAUGGUAACAUGGAGCUCAAGUCUCAGGCAUCGGAUUCACUAAAAUGGUGAGAAACACAAAAAAAGCAAAACUUUGCACGUUGUAGCUUCUAAGACCAGGAGUUCUUUCAUCCUCUCAUUGUUCAUUUCCACCAUAGUCCUGUAUGUUCCACACAUUCUUUGUUGUUGAAUUACUUCUUUUUACUUCUCCCUUGACUUGCAUUGGCAUGCUUAUUGUUCUCCUCAUUCUGAUCGUCUGCGUUAUGGAGCCAUUGUGUUUAGAUGAUGUCCCGCUGCACGGAUCCGAGACGUGUUGCCGCCACUGUUAGAAUGUCGGAGUCUACAACAGUGUCUUACAGAGUACGUGUUUUCAACACUUUGAUUUACAUUUAGGAAAGUCUGCCAUUUAUAAGUAACUUGAUAUUUUUAAGAGGCAAUAAAAUGUCACCGCAUAUGUGGAAGAAAUUUAUUAUACAAUGAGAUCUUAACAGAUAUUUAACCCUCCAUAAACUGCCUAUUUUGUUAUAAUAAAAGUCUAUAUUGAGCUUUACUUCAGCACUAUUAUGAUGGGAGUUCUUUUCUUGACAUCGUAAAAUGUAUAUUGGAGCAAGAGAUUUAGAAAGAAGAAAGAAAUAGUAUGAAUAUAUAUUUUUUCCUGUUUUCUGUUACCACCCUUUAUUUUCCUAAACUGAAACAAAUGACAAGAUGCAGGGCAGUGAGGGGAAUGUGGAGAAAACAGAGCCUAGCACAUGAUUAACACAAUAUUUGAAGCUAGUUCUGUCUCUUCCUCCUCUCUGCCCACCAUUUCAACAUAGUCUGCUCCAAGUGUGCUACAUAAGAGUCGUUAUGUGUGAAGAAGAACGUUCUAUCCAUCCCCCCUCUCAGACACAACCCGUCUCAGCUGGAAGAAGAGCUUCACAGGGCUGACGAAGCUUUGGCGCUGGGCUGAUGUUGUCCAGCUAGAAGCUCCACAGAGAUUUCUUCUUUCUAAACCUGUGCUUGCCUGCUCUUCCUUUGACAUGAUUGUUUUGUAUACUAAGACUGCUUGUUCUACCACCUCACCAACUCAGCGUUUUGGAGACAUUUUGGGACUGGAAAAACAGAAACAUGUAAAUAACCUACUUAUCUGAUUCAUUCCAUUGAUCAAAACGAACAAGAGAAUGGCUAAUUCAAGAAAAAAUAAAACAAAAUCUUUCUCAUACAGCACAGUGCUGGUGCGAGUCUUC